AUGCCAGAGUCUCGUUCGUUAUCGGAAUUAACCAGACAAAUCGCUCCACCAACUAAGAACGGCCAUGCACCACCACCCACGGAAUCGAGAAAGAGCUCUCAAUCUGUCAAUCCUGUCCGUGUCCGGGCCGGGAUCAACCAGGUAGCCGCCACACCCGCGGCGCGCCGCGCCUCCGCCCUUCCACCCGUCGCCGCCGAACCGCGGACGCCGACCGACCGCCCGACCCCGGCCGGGCCGCCCCACACGGGGCUGCGCCCUUUCUCUCUCUCGCCCUUUCUCGCCGCUCCGACCUCGCGGGGAGCGGCCAUCGCGGACGGCCACGGGGGCGCGGCACACGGCGGAGGCGGCGGCGGCGGCACCGCGCGCCGGCGACCGGCGAACGACGAGCGGGCGCGCCUGGGGCGGGGCCGGCCGCGCCACCGCUGGCGCGGCACCGACCCCGGCGGCCGGCCCUUCCCGCGCCGCCGCGGGCAAGGAGCCGGGACCGCUGCGCAGCUUUCGUUCCCGUUUUUCCCUUCCUUCGUUCUCUCGCGGCGGCGUGGCCACGGCGUGUUCCCGUCUCCCGCGAGGCGGGGAUCACACACGCGCGCGCGCCCGCUCCCUUUUUUUCUCUUCCGCCGGCUCGCCGGCGGCCGGCCGGGACUGACCCGUCCCCCCGAAAAGCCGACCCCGGCCCGGGCGCCUCUCGCGAGCGAGGCGCGCCGGUUCUUUCCUUCGCUUCCGUUCCCUUUCCCUUCGAGCGCGGCGGUGGGAGCGGUGGGGGGGGAGAGGGGACACGCGUCCCCGGCGUCUUCUUCCCCCCCCCUUCGGCUUGCCACGGCGAGCACCGGACGUGCUAGAGGAGGCAGCGACCCGUCGAGGCGGGUGCGACCCGGCGACCGAGGCCCCUUCGCCGGGGCGGCUCGCUCGGCAGCAGGCGGCGAGGCGGCACGGAAAGGAGCCGGCGCGGCCGGCGGCCGCGGCGGAGGGGGACGCCCCCCUUGGCCGCCCGCGGUCGUCCCUCUUCAACGCCUUUCUUGCCCGUUCUCUCGCGGCUCGGCCGCCCCACCGCCCGAGCGCUGCUCGCGGCCGGCACCCGCGGGCACACGGACCGAGGCCAGCACCGGCAACACCUCGCGUGGUUUAGGACACCUGAGGGCUCGCGGGGCCACGCGGCCGUCACACAGCCCGGUUCGGCAAGGGCGGCAAAGCGGCGAGCCGGACCCGGGCUUGCUUAAAUUUCUGCGCCGGGACGUGCGCACGUCACCGGCGGGGCUCGCCGCCGCCGCCACCCUGCCCAUCAUCGGAGCCCUCUUCCGCAAAUCUCACCGAGAACCGGGCGGGGAAGAUAAUUCGGACCUGGGAUCGAGUUCCCGCCGCCACGGUCUUCCAGCGUUCGAGUGCCGGCCUCCGCCGCCGGUCUGUCGUCUCUCGCCCUCGCCCCGCGGGAGAGCCGAACGAACGAGACGAAACCCUCGGGAAGCGUCGCCACGGCUGCCCAGUGCCCCCUCGCUAUCGACGGCAGAGCCGCGGGGGUGA